UAGUGGCCAACUCAGCCUCUGUACUUGGGGAAAUCCCAGGCGGGGCCCUCUAGCACAUGGGUUCUCUUUUUCCUGCCCUGCAACUCCUCCCUACCAGUGCCCCAGUGCCCUACUCUCAUGCCCGCCUGGUACAGGGCAGGGCUUGGGGCAGGAUCCGCGGGCUCCGUUGGCUCGCCUGGGGGCUAUGGUCACCGGGUGGAGCUCGUGGGAAAGGUGGCCUCGCAGGGGGUCUCUGCCACGUGGUGAGCAGAACGCUGAAGUCAGGCACCUCCGCUAUGCGGCUGCGCCCCCCAAAGAGUGGGCGUUCCUGCGCGGAGUGGGCGUUCCCGCGCCCGGGUAGGAGGGGCGCCGGGCUGCUCGGACCUCCCCUUCGCUCACUUCCCAGUGGCUGCAGAGAGGGCUCCGCGGCUCCGUCCCGGCUCGGCGGGCUCUCCAGAUUCUUCUUGUCAAGUAUUUUGUCAUAGCAAUGAAAAGCUGGCUGAUACAGAAACUGGUACUGAGAAAUGAUGUCCUUGCUGAGAGUAAAUUGACCAUGUGGUUCAGAAGCCCUUGGGACUUGAUUGCAGGAGGAGUUUGGAAAAGUUUGGAAAUACAAGCUAGAGAAGCCUUGGUGCCGAACAGCUUUCCUGUGCCAUGCCUUUUUGCAAUGAUGUUCUGCUUCAUCUUAGACGCGUAGCAAUGGAGUCUGCCGAUUGUGAACUGAGCCUCUGAAAGAGUGAGCCCAAAAUAUCCUCUGUGGAAUCACUGAACAAUGCCUCGGGCUUUGUGGAUGGUGUGGGCCUUGGGGGCCGUGAUCCUCCUCUCCACAGAAGGUUCUCCAGAUCCAGUUCCUCUGUCUUGUGACCCCACUGGUGUCUGUGAUGGCCGCUCCAGGUCUUUCAGCUCCAUUCCCUCCGGGCUCACAGCAGCCAUGAGAAGCCUUGACCUGUCCAACAACGAGAUCACCUACAUUGGCCAUGCUGAUCUACAGGGGUGUGUCAACCUUCAGGCUUUGAUGCUGAAGUCCAAUGUGAUCAGCACAAUUCAGGAAGACGCCUUUUCUUCCCUAAGCCAUCUGGAGCAUUUGGACUUAUCCGAUAAUCAGUUAUCUAAUCUGUCAUCCUCCUGGUUCAGGCCCCUUUCUUCCUUGAAAAGUUUAAACUUACUGAGAAAUCCUUACAUAACCCUUGGGAAAACAUCUCUUUUUUCUCACCUCACAAAUUUGCGAAUCCUCAGGGUAGGAAAUAGUUACACCUUCGCUGGGAUUCGGAGAAUAGAUUUUGCUGGACUUGCCUUUCUGGAGGAACUUGAGAUCAUUGCAUCAGGUCUCCAGAGUUAUGAGCCCCAAAGUUUGAAGUCAAUUCAGAACAUCAGUCAUAUGAUCCUUCAUAUGAAGCAGCCUAUUUUACUGCUGGAGAUUUUUGUAGACCUUUUAAGUUCGGCAGAAUAUUUGGAACUGAGAGAUACAGAUUUGAACACGUUCCGCUUUUCAGGGCUAUCCAUCAGUGAAACCAAUCCAGUGAUCAAAAAAUUCACAUUUAGAAAUGUGGACAUCACCGAUCAAAGUUUUAAUGAAAUUGCGAAACUGUUGAGUUAUGCUUCUGGGUUGGUAGAGGUGGAGUUUGAUGACUGUACUCUUAAUGGAGUUGGUUAUUUUCCUGAAUCUGAGCUACAGAAAAUUAAAAUUCCAGAUAAAAUGGAAACAUUCACUAUACGGAAGCUGCAUAUCCCAAAGUUCUACUUAUUUUAUGAUCUGAGCACUGUGUAUUCACUCACUGAAAGAGUUAAAAGAAUCACAGUGGAGAACAGUAAGGUUUUUCUGGUUCCUUGUUUAUUUUCACAACAUUUAAAAUCAUUAGAAUACUUAGAUCUCAGUGAAAAUCUGAUGGUUGAAGAAUACUUGAAAAAUUCAGCUUGUGAGGAUGGCUGGCCCUCCCUGCAGACCUUAAUUUUAAGGCAGAAUCAUUUGACAUCAUUAGAAAAAACUGGAGAGAUCUUGCUGACUCUAAAAAAUUUGACCAACCUUGACAUCAGUAAGAACAGUUUUCAUUCUAUGCCUGAAGCUUGUCAGUGGCCCAAAAAGAUGAAAUACUUGAACUUGUCCAGCACUCAGAUACACACUUUAACCAACUGCAUUCCCCAGACACUGGAAAUUUUAGAUGUCAGCAAUAAUAAUCUCAAUUCAUUUUCUUUAGUUUUGACUGGACUCAAAGAACUUUAUAUUUCUAGAAAUAAGCUGAAGAGUCUACCAGAUGCUUCCUCCUUACCCACAUUACUAGUCAUGAAAAUCAGCAGGAAUACGAUAAAUACUUUCUCUAAGGCGCAACUUGAUUCAUUUCACAGGCUGAAGGCUCUGGAGGCUGGUGGCAACAACUUCAUCUGCUCCUGUGAAUUCCUGUCAUUCACUCAGCAGCAGCCAGCUCUGGCCCAGGUCCUGGUGGACUGGCCAGACGCCUACCUGUGUGACUCUCCAUCCCACGUGCGGGGCCAGCGCAUCCUCGACGCCCGGCUCUCCGUCUCCGAGUGCCACAGGGCGGCGCUGGUGUCUGGCGUGUGCUGUGCCCUUUUCCUGCUGAUCCUGCUCACUGCAGGCCUGUGCCACCGUUUCCAUGGUGUGUGGUACAUGAAGAUGAUGUGGGCCUGGCUGCAGGCCAAAAGGAAGCCCAGAAAAGCGCCCUGCAGGGACAUCUGCUAUGACGCGUUUGUCUCCUACAGCGAGCGGGACGCCUACUGGGUGGAGGAGCUCAUGGUGCAGAAGCUGGAGAACUGGGAGCCCCCCUUCAGGUUGUGUCUUCACAAGCGGGACUUUGUCCCUGGCAAGUGGAUCAUCGACAACAUCAUCGACUCCAUCGAGAAGAGCCACAAAACCGUGUUUGUGCUUUCUGAGAACUUCGUGAGGAGCGAGUGGUGCAAGUACGAACUGGACUUCUCCCACUUCCGUCUCUUUGAUGAGAACAACGACACCGCCAUUCUUGUUCUUCUGGAGCCCAUUGAGAAAAAGGCCAUCCCCCAGCGCUUCUGUAAGCUGCGGAAGAUCAUGAACACCAAGACCUACCUGGAGUGGCCCCGCGACGAAGCUCAGCAGGAAGGCUUUUGGAUGAAUUUAAGAACUGCAAUAAAAUCUUAGGUUCCUGGACCACAGUCCAGUCUCCGCCUCGCUGGGGUCUCUAAUUGUUGUAACUAAGUUCAUUCCGACCUAACUAUAUUGCCACUGGAACGUAUUGUCAUUUGAGGACUUGUUUGCUAAAACUUCUAAAACUGCAAAUUUUAUCUACAGUGCUGGUUUAUAAAAACUGCUACCAGAUUAGAAAAAAUAUUUUUUUAAAAAAAAUUCUAUACUAUCA